AUCCGGGUACCGUUGCUGUGACGAACAUCUUAACAACCAAAACACUGGCAUCAUGACAACGAAGAUGUAACAUGCACUGACAGCGCAAUAACUUCAAUUACUGAUUCAAAUCAGUACUAAAAUCAGUGUCAUUUUGGUCGCCAUAGAUCUUCAAAAUGCCACCUAAAAAGAAAAGUGGGAAGAAGGGGAAAAAGGGCAAGAAGGGAAAGAAAUCAGGGAAGAAGGGUGGAAAGAAGGGAGCACCAACUGUAAUAGAUGGAAUUCCCACUGAGGAAAUGUCAAAGGAGCAGCUUGAGGAGCAUGUUCAACGCAUACGAGAAGAGCUUGAGCGCGAGAGGGAGGAGAGAAACUACUUCCAGCUUGAAAGAGACAAAGUUAACACAUUUUGGGAGAUCACUAAAAGACAGCUGGAAGAAAAGAAAGCAGAACUACGCAACAAAGAUCGUGAAAUGGAGGAUGCAGAAGAAAGGCAUCAAAUUGAAAUUAAGGUUUACAAACAAAAAGUAAAACAUUUACUUUACGAGCACCAGAACAACAUAUCAGAGCUCAAAGCAGAAGGGGCUGUCUCACUUAAACUAACUCAGGAUAAUCAUCAUUCAUCUGAACUAGAGCUUCGAAAGGACAAACGAGCUCUUAAAGUAGAACUUAAAGAGCAAGAACUUGCACAUGAAGAUGUCAUUAAGAAUUUGAAAAAGAAAAAUGAUGAGGUCAUGACCAAUUUGCGCAACACUUUUGAGCGCCAAGCUAAAGAAAUUGAAAACAAGUAUGAAAAGAAAAUGAGGUCAUUGCGUGAUGAGUUAGAUUUAAGAAGGAAAACAGAAAUCCAUGAAAUUGAAGAAAGAAAGAAUGGGCAAAUUAACACAUUAAUGAAAAACCAUGAGAAGGCUUUUAGUGAUAUCAAAAACUAUUACAACGAUAUCACUUUAAAUAACCUUGCUCUUAUCAAUACAUUAAAGGAACAAGUCGAAGAUAUGAAAAAGAAAGAAGAAAGGAUGGAGAAACAGAUGGCUGAGGUUAUAACUGAGAACAAACGUUUGGCUGAACCACUACAGAAAGCCCGAGAGGAGGUGGAGGAUCUGAGGAGGCAGCUGUCCAACUAUGAGAAAGAUAAAGAAAUUCUUAAGAAUGCUAAAGGCCAUGUAAAACAAAUGACAGAAGAAUUUAAAGCACUCAAAUGGGAACAUGAAGUCUUGGAGCAACGUUUCCAAAAGAUUCAAGACGAAAGAGAUGAACUGUAUAGAAAGUUCAUCAAAGCCAUUCAUGAGGUCCAGCAGAAGUCAAACUUCAAGAAUUUAUUGUUGGAGAGGAAACUUUCUGCGCUUGCUGACACUCUUGAAAAGAAAGAAGCCCAGCUGAACGAGGUCUUGUCUGCAUCCAAUUUAGAUCCUACAGCUCUUACCGUGGUGACAAGAAAACUUGAGGAUGUGCUUGAUUCUAAGAACAGUGCAAUCAAAGACUUGCAAUAUGAGCUUGCUAGAGUUUGUAAGGCUCAUAAUGACUUGUUAAGAACAUAUGAAUCCAAACUGGAUCACUUUGGAAUACCAACCGAGGAACUUGGAUUCAAGCCACUUGAGAGCACUGUGGGAGGUCAAACUCUUGGUCAUGGCCCGGCUGGUUUGGUCUCUGCCCCAACCUAAACCUACGGGAAUUUUGUAGUGAAAUGCCUUAUUUAGAGAAUCUUAAUCCUAUUUGUCUUGUCGUUUGAUCAACUAUUAGUCAAUUGAUAGGUUUGCCCCAAACUGAACUUCAAUAGGCAAAUGACACUUAAAUGGUUGUGCUUAUUUUUCAUGAACAAUGGAAACAAAAUAUUUUUUAUAAGAAUGUUUAUUUAGCACAGGUUUAGGUUUGCUAUCGCUAAAUAAAAAUCAGGAUGUGAUUCUCAAAGAUAGGCAUGUUCAUGAAAUAUUAAAAUUACAGGCAAAAUGAAUCUCUGAAAAUCUACAAAAUUUAAACUUGUGCACAAAAGAGUGCACUUGCAACAUCUUGUUGUAGUUGUCAGUGUGGGAUUUAUAACGGUAGAGUUUCUGAAUUUUUGUCACUGAAAGAAUUUUGUACUAAAGUGUGGAUGUCAAGAAUAGAAUUAUACUAAGUGUCCAAAUGAAUAUAAAAAAAAACAAUUGAUGUAUGUGGUCACUUGUUUGAUUUAUUUACAACUUACCCAAACUAGAUGUGACUUACUUAUCCUUCUAGCAAUUUUUCUGGCAGGUUUUUAAAAUGAAGAGAAAAGUUUUUUAAAAACAUUUUGUCUAUGUGUGUUGAAAAGUAUACUUGCUUCAAGACUCACAGCUUACAUCGAGGAUAUCAUACAUUUUUUCCAAAUAAAAGACUGAAAUGAACUUUGAAAAGACUAUUUUUGUAGGACGUUCGACUUACAAUGACAUUUGACUUGUAAGAAAUAUUUACCCUAAUUUUUUUAGAAUUAUUUACUUUUUCUAAUUAAAAUUGAGUGUUUUUAAUUUGUUAAUUUUCUUCUGGGAGUUAACAAGAAACAUGACAAAAUUUUGUGAUGUUCAGUCAAGGGAAGUAACAAAAAUAAAAUGUAAAUAUUUUCACAGCAAUGUGAUCUAAUCUUUUUUAAACCAACCAUUUGUUUGUUUCUUCGACCCAAAACUC